AUGUCAGAAACUAAUAAGUUAAAAAAAGGGGUUCCUACUAACCAUCAAAAGAAAAUAGUAGAAAAAGAUGAAAUAACUUAUUCGAAAAAGGAAACUGAAAAACAACUAAUCACCCUAACCGGAAUAACCACCAGCCAAAUUAACCAAGCCUUAAAAAUCAAAAAUCCUUAUCCAGCCCGAGUAUUCUUAAAAGUAGAUAACCAAGAGCAAGAUAUACCUGUUUUUUUUCGGAUUAAAGACCAGAAAGGCAAUUAUAUCCGACCCAAAAUUAAAAAAGGUUCUUUUCUCCAAGUCCAAGGGCAUUUUUCAAUCGGAACUGUUUACACCAAACAAUCUGAAAGAAAAUCCUUUACAGCCUAUUCUUACCAACUCCAAAAACUAAACCAACAAAUAGAAAGUUAUGGAAAAAAGCAAUCAAUACUGACGGUUAGCCGUAGAAUUAGAAAACGAGGAGCAAAUAAAAGAAAUAUUACCUCUUAUACCCUUUUAGAAACUCACUUAACUCGAAAAGAUAAUCAGUCCUGUUUGGUUAACUGUAAACAAACUUGGGAAAGCAUUAUCCAUAAAUACUGCCAAGAAAAAGUUUUAGGGCAAGAAUUAGAGCAAGAACAAAAAGAUAAAGAAAAUAUUAACGAUUAUGGGAGCCAUUAA